AUGAUCCUCAUACCGUUCUUUAUCGCUUACCUGGUCUUCAUGACCAACGUCUUCAUCGCCUACGACCGCACCGCUCGUACGUUCGGGUACCCCAGCCUCGGUGGUCCUCUCAAGUACCUGCAGCUGUCUGGCACUGCCAUCCGUCAAACCCCAUGGCUGCCUGCGGUUCGUGUCGACACGAAGAUCCAUUCGGCAAUGCAGUGGACGAUGUACGAGGAGGUCAUGAACUCGUCCAUCUCCUACGUGUUGCCGUCGACGAUGAGCUUGGACGAGCUCAUCUGUCCCCUGCUGGAGCACGAGGAACCCUUCGCUGACGGCGACGGCAACGACGACUACAACGACGGGAGCGAAUGGUGCCGUGCCCUCCCCGAGUCGUCGCUCCUCAGCCACCUCGUCUGGUUCCACGCUCAGUCAGCGUCGUCAAUGUGCGCACUGACUGAGGCCCCAGUAGAGGAACCGAACACCACGCCCUCCACGGACAGCGUUGACAGCCUAGACGCCAUCGACUCAGACAUUCCGUCCCCGAUGAACACUACCUCGAAGACCUCGCCGUCGGACGAAGAUGUCAGCAAGGACAACUUGCCGGACAGAUCAACCCUAGCCAUCCUCGUGUUCAUCUCGAUGCUGGGUUCAACGGCCCUCUUCGUCGCGGCCGAGUAUCCCCAGCUGCGGGCCGAUUCAGCGAGCGACUUCUCUGGGAAGGACAAGCAAGGGGUCCCCUCCGACCUCAGCGUCUCGGCGAGCGGACUCGACAUCAACCCAUCCGACAGCCCAUCCAUCGGGUCGAUCCCUAUGGACGUCCAGGGUCGCAACAGGAGGAAGAAGAAGAGCAAGAAGCGCAAGAAGAAGGCUUCUGCUGUAGCCGAGCCUCAGCCCAACCCUGGCGAUUGA